GCGGGGCGCGGUCUGUUUGGAGAAGGUGAGGGCACCGGGAUUUCUGGGAAGACCAGCAAUGUCCGCGCAAGAUACAGUAUAGAUCGCUACCGUCAGGGAAAGGUGACCUUUAAGCCUGCAUUAUUACAGCUUGGGUUGUUCCUAGCGGGCUUAAAAAUGAUGCCUUUCCUGCUGUUGUUCAAUCGGCAGGGGAAGUUGCGGCUGCAGAAAUGGUUUAUUCCCACAUCAGAGCGGGAGAAGAAGAAGGUGAUCCGGGACAUGGUCAUGCUGGUGUUGUCCCGUCCACAGCGUACCUGCAACUUCGUCCAGUGGAAGGACCUCAAGAUCGUUUUCAAGAGGUAUGCCAGCCUGUAUUUCUGUGCCGGUGUGGAGGACAGUGAUAAUGAACUUCUUGCACUUGAAGUACUGCAUAGAUAUGUCGAGCUGUUGGAUAAAUACUUUGGCAACGUAUGCGAGUUGGAUAUCAUUUUUAACUUUGAGAAGGCCUAUUUUAUCCUGGAUGAGUACCUGAUGGGUGGAGAAGUCUUAGAAACCUCCAAAUUUUCUGUGGGUUUAUCAAUGGAACAAGCAGACAUUCUUCAGGAGACGAUGGAAGAGUAUAUGAGCAAACCUGCCUACUGAGCCAAGAGAAGGACCAGGAUGGGUCGCAGUUCAAGCCUUGAAACAAGUUUCCUUACAGUGGUCGGGAAGCCUAAUAUUUAUUCAUCUCAGGGUUGUAUAACAGGAAAUCUGACUUUAAAAGAGUCUUUUUUUCAGUUUAUCUGAAUGUAUUUUAUAUCCAUUUAAUCAGGUUAUAAGAUCCUGGUGCAUUCAAAUCAUGCCUUUUGUAAUGAUUAAAUGAAGAAACACUUCACAGUAAGGAAAAAAUAAAGUCAAUGCUUUAUUAAACUCAGGAUUAUCACACAGUACCACAUUUAUGAAAUAAUUACCAAAAAACACAAGUGAAUUGAAGGGAUCCAACACUG